GAACUCCAAAAGCAAAAGGGACAGGAGUAGGUGGGACACAGCCUUUUGGGAAUUGUAGUUCAGUGUUGUUAGAAGGGCGUGGCCAGAAGGCUAUGAGAGGGCUAUAUAGCUCAUGAGAGCAGAUGUGGCUUAGGUGUGGAGAGGCUUCUUCUCUGCUUCGUUGUUCCUCUCAAGCCGUUCCUGGUAACCUCUGCAGUGAAGAGCUACUGGUGCUCUGGACAGUGACCGUAACUUUUGCUGUUUGACCCAUGGAUACAGAGCUUUUCAAGACAAAGCUUCAGGAUGAAGCCACGUGCUCCAUCUGCUUGAAGUAUUUUAUUGAACCAGCAAUUCUGGACUGUGGGCACAAUUUCUGUCACAGCUGCAUUCACUGGUGCUGGAUGGAGUUUCCUAAUGAACCUGCCUGCCCUCAGUGCAGGAAGGGUGUCAUGACAAAGAACUGUAGGCCGAACAGGGCAUUAGCGAAUGUGGUGGAGUUAGUCAAGCAGCUCAACAACCUGAAGGAAGACAGCAUAGACAAAAUCUGCAGGAAACACCCAGAACCCUCUGAAGUUGUCUUUUGCAAAGAAGAUCAAGUCUCUCUAUGCCUGGUGUGUGAGAGAGGUGAGCAACACAGAUGUCACCAUGUGGUUCCUCUGAAGGAAGCUGCCCAGGAGUAUAAGGAUCGUUUUCAUAGUUGUAUCAAGGCUUUACUGAAUGAGAAGAAUGAAAUUCUAACAUAUCAACUAAAUUCCAUACGAGAAUGCGAAGAGCUUAUGAAACGUAUUGAGGCAGAAAAACAAAAAACCCUGGAAGAGUUCAGGCAACUGCACCAAUUCUUGACUGAUCAAGAGACCUGCCUGCUGGCCAAGAUCCAAGCUGUGGCCAGAGACAUUGGGAACAAAAAGAAUGAUACAUUGUAUAAACUCUCUGCAGAGCUCGUUUCUCUUCAGAAUAGCGUCUGGCAGUUGGAGGAGAAAUGCCAGCAACCUGACAAUAAACUUUUGCAGGAUGCUCAAAGGAUCUUGGAAAACUAUGAGAAAAGGCCGAAGUUUAAACCUUCUGAGGCUAUUCCACUUAAGCUGAAAUGGGCGACUUGGGAGCUGUGUGAUUUAAAUGUCCUUCUGGAAGGUGCAGCAAAGCAUUUCAGAAGUACUCUGCAAGGCGGGUAUCAACUGCAUCGAGCCAAUGUGACUUUGGAUCCUGAAUCUGCUCAUCCCCAGCUGCUCCUGUCUAGCGAUGGUAAAAGCCUGAGGUGGACUGAGAUGGAGCAAGAUAUGCCUGAGACGCCCAAAAGAUUCAUCAGACAUUUUUGCGCAGUGGGGCACCAGGAGUUCACAGCCGGCAGACACUUCUGGGAUGUGGCUGUGGGAGGCGAGGAGAAUUGGGCAGUGGGAGUCACCACCAGCUCUGCGGACAGGAAGGGCUUUAAUGGUUUUGUUCCUGAAGAAGGGUUCUUUAUUAUAGGGUGGGAGGAAAGGGAGGACACGUCUCUCAACAUCCCAGAGCUAGCAAAAGAGCUCAAGGUGGUCCGGGUCUCUGUGAACUGCGCCGGAGGGCAGGUGGUGUUUUAUGAUGCAGAAAGAGCAGACAAGGUCUUCUGUUUCAGUAACACUUCCUUCCACAGGGAGACCCUUCAACCUUUCUUCUGGCUGAGGGGAGAGACCCAGCUCAGUCUCUGUACCAACUAAAGCCAACCUGCUUUUCAGUCCCUCAGCCCUGGUUUCCUUCUCUCUCUCUCCCCCCCCAUGCCACCCUUCAUCUGCCAGUCUUUUAUAAGCAGUAGAGUAAUAGGUGGCUUGGUGUGACUCUAGGCUAGUGUGAUGCCCAGAAUCAGUGUAUGCAACAUGCCUUCUUGCUUGUUACAGCAUGGAUUCCCUUAGCUUUUAUGAGUUGCAGUGCAGUAAGGGAGGGUGGAAUCCAGUUGAUCCAUUCCAGGGGGUGUUAAUCCAGACGGGGUUUCAAAGAUCCGUUUUGUAAAAAAUCUACUGCAGCUCAGUGGAUAAAACCUGUUUUAUCUUGCAUAAUGUUUUUAGACUAUUAGAAUAAAGGUUUUACUUCUU